AGAUUCCAUUGAAAAAAAAGAAAGAGAGGGAGAUGGCGAGCGAUUUAACCGCGAAACUCCUCGCCGGCGAGAAGAAGAGGGAGGUGGUGGCGGCGGCGGAGGAGGAGGAGGAGGAGAAGUUAAGUAGAAGGCUGUGGGUGGAGAACAAGAAGCUGUGGGUGGUGGCAGGGCCGUCCAUCUUCACGCGCGUCUCGACGUUCGGCGUGACGGUCAUCAGCCAGGCGUUCAUCGGCCACAUCGGCGCCACCGAGCUCGCCGGCUACGCCCUCGUCUCCACCGUCCUCAUGCGCUUCGCCAACGGCAUCCUGCUGGGCAUGGCAAGUGCAUUGGAAACUCUCUGUGGGCAAUCUUAUGGUGCAAAACAAUACCACAUGCUGGGCAUCUAUCUCCAAAGGUCUUGGAUCAUCUUGUUCAUCUGCAGCUUAAUAAUCCUUCCCGUCUUUGUCUUCACGACUCCGCUCCUGAAGCUACUUGGCCAAGAGGAGUCCAUCGCGGAAAUGGCCGGCACCAUCUCACUAUGGUUCAUCCCGGUCAUGUUCUCCUACAUAUUGGCAUUCACACUCCAAAUGUAUCUCCAAGCUCAGAGCAAGAACAUCAUCAUCACAUACUUGGCAGUCCUCACACUUGCUAUCCACGGCGCUCUCUCAUGGUUCAUGACCAUAAAGCUUGGCCUGGGGCUUCCCGGCGUGAUGGGCUCGAUGAUCUUGGCAAUGUGGGUCCCCGUAUUAGGUGAGCUGGGUUUCGUGUUCUUCGGGGGGUGUCCUGAGACUUGGACAGGGUUCUCAUUUGCUGCUUUUAAGGAUCUGUGGGCAAUCAUCAAGCUCUCUCUGUCAUCCGGCCUCAUGCUAUGUCUGGAGCUGUGGUACAACACCGUCUUGGUUCUUCUAACAGGAUAUAUGAAGAACGCAGAAGUUGCCCUAGAUGCUCUCUCCAUCUGCCUCAAUAUUAAUGGAUGGGAGAUGAUGAUUUCUGUUGGCUUCUUGUCUGCAGCAGGAGUUCGGGUGGCAAAUGAACUUGGAGCAGGGAGUGCAAAAAGGGCAAAGUUCUCCAUCGUCAACGUAGUGCUUACAUCCUUGAUCAUUGGAUCUGUGCUAUUCGUGCUGUUUCUGAUGUUCCGUGGCAAACUUGCUUACAUAUUUACUGAGAGUGAUGCAGUGGCCAGAGCAGUUGAUGACCUCUCUCUGCUAUUGGCUUUCUCCAUACUGCUGAACAGUGUUCAACCAGUGCUUUCAGGGGUUGCCGUUGGUGCUGGUUGGCAGAGUGUGGUUGCUUACGUAAACAUAACAUGCUACUACUUGAUCGGCAUUCCUCUAGGAAUUGUGCUUGGUUAUGGGCUCAAUUUUCAUGUGAAGGGGAUUUGGAUUGGAAUGAUCAUCGGUACAGCUGUUCAAACUAUAGUACUUCUGGGCAUUACUAUGAAAACGGACUGGGAAAAGCAGGUAGUUCUGUCUCGAGAGCGCUUAAAAAAGUGGUAUAUGGACGCAGCAAGGAGGUCAAAUGGUUCUAGGGGAGCUGCUUAGGCUCUUUUUUUCCCAAUACAUCCAAUUAUUUUUUAUGAGGAAAAAGAAGGAUGGAAGCAUGGUAUUUGCCAUUUCACUUUAAAAAAAAAAAAACUUCGUCCAAUAGCUCUCCCAAACUAAAGGAAGCAGCCUCUUGUUAUGCUGCCUUGCAUAUCAACACCCAGACCAUACUCUAUAGCCAUUCAUGAGGAAUCUGGUGGCACCGUUAGUUUAAUGAAGCUGAAAGAAAUGAGCAGCACCGGUUCGAACCCGAACAGUAGCAGUUCCAUUAGGAAAAAAAUGAAAACUCGAAUUUUCAUUUUUCGCUAAUGGCUACGUGAUGGGGAGUUCAAUUUGAUCGUGUCGAGACAGCUAUGGCUAAAUCAUUGUUAUAUUUGUUCUUGCGGGAUGCUUUGCUCAAAACCAAAAAAAAAUUCCAGUCAAUGCACCCUCUUUCUGUGGCAGUAUUUUAUUGUGCAUAUAUGGCUGUAAUAAAAAGUUGUGGAAGCGUAUGAGACGCAGGAAGAUCAAAAUGAAGCCCAUUUGUCACUUAAAU